UUAUGGUGGGCAUUGAAAGAGAAAGGUUUGCCUGGGAAGUAUGUGGAGUUAGUCCGUGCUAUGUACAGGGGAUCCUGUACCUACGUCCGAUCGUCUGCCGGCAACACCGACCAGUUCAGUGUGGUUGUAGGGUUGCACCAAGGGUCGGCUCUAAGUCCUUACCUCUUCCUGCUGAUUAUGGACGCUCUAACGGCGAACAAACAGGAGAAGGCACCCUGGUGCAUGCUUUUUGCCGACGACAUUGCAUUGGUUGGUGAAGAUGGACCUGAGAUCCAGAACAGAUUGGAAGAUUGGCAACAGAAACUGGAGAAUGUUGGCUUGAAAAUCAGUAGAACGAAGACUGAAUACAUGUUCUGCGAUUUCGGCGGUCUCUCCGGUCCUGAAGCCAUAGCGCUUGAUGGCGUAGCCCUUCCAGUCUGCUCCGACUUCCGGUAUCUAUGUUCACUCAUUCAAAGCGAUGGCGAAAUAGAUCGAACGGUAAAGCACAGGAUUAACACAGGGUGGAUGAAAUGGCGGCAGGUUACGGGAACAAUUUGUGACCCCCGUAUUCCCCUUAGACUUAAGGGGAAGAUCUAUAAGACCAUGAUCAGACCUGCUAUUCUAUAUGGAUCAGAGUGUUGGGCUAUAAAAGGGAUGACUGAAAGACAAUUGCAUGUGGCGGAGAUGAGAAUGCUGAGAGCAAUGUGUGGUGUUACGCGAAUGGAUAGAGUAAGGAAUGAGUACAUAAGAGGAAGUUUGAAAGUGGCACGGGUAACCGAGAAGCUAUCUGGAAACCGGCUGUCUUGGUAUGGGCAUGCUAUGCGGAGGAAUGAGGACCAUGUUGUGAGAAAGGUUUUGAGUAUGGAUGUGGAUGGAUAUAGAGGUAGGGGACGACCCAAGAAACGAUGGAUGGAUUGUGUGAAAGACGAUAUGGUUAGAAAGAAUGUUACUUGUGAGAUGACGUCUGACAGAGUAAAUAAAAACAUUCAAUUUACUAUGGAAUUAGAGGCAAAUAAUUCUUUAGUUUUUCUUGACAUCCUUAUUAUCAGGAAUCCUGACAAUACAUUAAGUCACACAGUUUAUAGGAAAACCACACACACCAAUAAAUACCUCAAUGGUGACUCGCACCACCACCCUAGUCAGUUAGCUACCGUUGGCAAAUCUUUGUUUCAGAGAGCCCACCAUCUCUGCGAUGCUGAACACCUAGAGGACGAGCUACUUCAGGUCAAGCUUGCACUCCACCAGAACAAGCUGCCCGUGCCUCGCCAGCAUCGCAGAAGCCGUAUCAAGCCACCCACAGUUGAGCGACAACCUGCAUUUCUACCAUAUGUGAAGGGAGUUACAGACAGGAUUGGCAAUAUCUUGAAGCGAGCUUCGAUUAAAACCAUUUACAAGCCUCAUAAGAAAGUGAGCCAGUUCUUGAGACCUAUCAAGAGUAAUAUCCCUUUACAAACUGCGGGAGUAUAUAAACUCGAAUGUGAGUGUGGUUUAUCUUACAUAGGUCAAACAAAGAGAAGCAUCGGUACUAGGGUCAAGGAACAUAUAGGAGAUGUCAAAAAUAGGCGUUCUUCAAAGUCUGCAGUCUGUGAACAUGCUCUGGAUAAACCCAACCAUUUUAUUCGAUUUGAUAAACCACAGAUCCUCGCUAGAGAACACAGAUUCAUUCCUAGAAUGAUACGUGAGGCUAUUGAAAUUCAAAAACAUCCGAACUUCAAUAGAGAAGAUGGUUGGAGACUUUCUAACACUUGGGAUCCACUUAUUAAAAAUUUAAAAUCCCAAAUCCAACAGACUGCAAGACCUAAAGAUACAGUUAGUGCCUUCUGCGUGCAACCGGAACGCUACUCAAGAUACCAAUUAAGAAAUCGUUGGCGGUAG